AUGGAAAAAAAACUGUCAGAAGUGGCUGCUAUUAAAGGAAGAUGCCGGAAUAGUUAUCGAAAAAUCUAUCAGAACAGUCACCGGAAAAGGGUAGACAUUGAAUCUAUUACACUUUUACAACACACAUUCCAAAAGUUCUCUGAUGCACCUGGAUUACAAGCAAACUUGGACAAAAGCCCCCUUUAUGUGGCUGGAGUGUCACAAGAAGUGAAAUCAGAGAUCCUACAUUUACUUGGCUAUGCAGAAGGAACACUCCCUUUUAAAUAUUUGGGAGUACCACUCGCUACAAAGAAGCUGAAUAUUAGUCAGUGCUUGCCUCUUGAUGAGAAAAUUACUGCUAAAAUCACCUAUUGGUCUGCAAGGAUGUUCUCAUAUGUUGGAAAAGUGCACCUUAUUAAGGCUGUCCUCUUUGGGAUGCAGCUAUAUUGGGCCCAAAUUUUUGUGCUCCCUAAGAAGAUAAUGAAGAUGAUUGAGGUUGUCUGUAGAUCAUUCCCUUGGACAGGUGCUAGGCAAAUUUCCAAGAAAGCUUUAGUGUCAUGGGAAAAGAUAUGUUACACAAGAGCUGAUGAGGGAUUGAAUGUGAUAAACUUAAAGUUAUGGAACAAGGCAGCAGUUAUGAAACAAUUAUGGGCAAUCUUUCUAAUGAAAGAUUCACUGUGGAUCAAAUGGGUACACUACUACUAUAUCAAGCAAAGGGACCUGACAGAUAUGGAGCUACCCAAGAAUGCAUCUUGCAUGGUUAGGAAAAUAUUGGGAUGCAGAGACAUUAUGCUGCAACGGAGCUCAAUUCAAGGCUAA